UUUAUCAGCAAUAUACAAUUAUAAAGGCCCAAAAUUUAAAAAAAAAAAAAAAAGGAGAGAAAGAGAGAGAGAGAAAGAGAGAAAGAGCGAAAUCUCCCCCUCCCAAAAUCGCUCCAUCACAUAAACCUGGGGGGGGCAAGAGGGGGGGUCCCUUCCGAUCCUCCCUCCUGACGCCCCCCCCAGCAGGCCCCCUCCCCCACCAUUGAAAGCCAUGAAUUUUGAAUUUGAGAGGGAGAUUGGGUUUAUAAACAGCCAGCCAUCGCUCGCGGAGUGUCUGACUUCCUUCCCCGCUGUCUUGGAGACAUUUCAAACUUCAUCAAUCAAGGAGUCGACAUUAAUUCCUCCUCCUCCUCCUUUGGAGCAAACCUUCCCCAGCCUCCAGCCCGGCGCCUCCACCCUUCAGAGACCCGGCAGCCAAAAGCGAGCCGAAGAUGGGCCCGCUCUGCCGCCACCGCCGCCGCUCCCCGCCGCCCCCUUGGUCCCCGAGUUCCCUUGGAUGAAAGAGAAGAAAUCCGCCAAGAAACCCAGCCAAUGCGCCUCGUCUCCCCCGGCCACCUCCUCCGUUUCGGCCUCCGGGGUCGGAUCGCCAGCAGAUGGCCCGGGACUGCCGGAGGCUGCCGGCAGCGGGGCGCGCAGGCUGCGCACCGCGUACACCAACACGCAACUGCUGGAGCUGGAGAAGGAAUUCCACUUUAACAAGUACCUGUGCCGGCCGCGCCGCGUCGAGAUCGCGGCCCUGCUGGACCUCACGGAGAGGCAGGUCAAAGUGUGGUUCCAAAACCGACGCAUGAAGCACAAGCGGCAGACGCAGCACCGAGAGCCGUCCGAUGGGGAACCGGCCGGCCCAGGCGCCCCGGAAGACGGCGGCGAGCCCGCCGAAGAGCCUGUGGCCAGCCCCGGCCGCCCCUCCGCCUCGCGGGCGGCGCGGGAAGCGUGCUCUCGCCCGCCCGAGGUCGCGCCGGCCCCCUCGGGCGCCCAGGGCCCGCAGCCUUUGACCGCUCACGUGGGGGGCGGUCCGCGCGCGGCCGCCGGGCUGGAGCCCGAGCGGUUGCCGGAGGAUGCCUUCCCGGAGCGGCAGGAUUCGCCUUUCUUGCCUGACCUCAACUUCUUCGCGGCCGACUCCUGUCUCCAGCUCUCCGGAGGCCUCUCCCCCAGCCUGCAGGGCUCGCUCGACAGCCCCGUUCCCUUUUCCGAGGAGGAGCUGGACUUCUUCACCAGCACCCUCUGUGCCAUCGACCUGCAAUUCCCCUAACCUGUUUCUCUUCCCGGGCCCUUCGACCCCGUCCCCUCCGCUGUCUGCGGGAAAACCCGAGGACCCCCCCUCCCCCAAGUCGUUUAGACUUUUUUUUAAAAAUGUGUUUUGCUAAAAUUCAGGUAUUACAGAAUUAGCGUUUAAUCCAUUUCCUUUCCUUUCUCUCGAAAAUACUGGGCACUCGGGCGUCUUUUGAAAAAUCACACCGGAAAAUUCCGUUUGGUAGACUCCUUCCAACGAAAUCUCAGGAAUUAAACUCUAGGGGGGGCUUUCUUAAAAAAAGAACUAGAGGAACUUGUUUUCCUCUCUUUUUUUUUUAAGUUUUAGACCGUAGAUUAUUUAUUAAAACUCUUUAAUAAUAGGAAAAGGGGAAAGUAUUUAUUGUACAUUAUUUUCAUAGAUUAAAUAAAUGUCUUU